UGGUGGAUAUAAUUGAUCAGUCCAUUAUAUUCCUUGUAGGUAUCUUGGAAUUUUCCUCAACUUAUGCAAAACAUAUUUCAGUCUCACGCGCAACUAUAAAUUGUGGAUAAAAUCAAGGAACGAUUGUGUUGUUCUUCAGUGUUAUUCGUUGUAUCAGAGAUAAAGUGAAGCUUGAAGAUGAAGGUACUAGUAGUGUUGUCCGUAUUCCUGGCACUUGCAGCUGCAGCGCCACCCAAACCCAUCACGAAGGAAGAGUUGGCUAUACUGGAGGCCUUCGACUACGACGCCGUAUUCGCUAAUGAAGAGAGUAGGAAACUAAUAUUCGAUUGCUUGCUAGACAAAGGAGACUGUGGCCCUUACAAAAAAGUUGUUGAGCUAUCAAAGAAAUCAAUGUAUGAUGAGUGUGCACUAUGUUCCCCAACCCAGAUGGCGAAGUAUGACCGCGUACUAAAACUAUUGCACGAUGACUAUGAAACCUUCUACAAUGAAUUGAUCAAGAAAGUAGCUUCCGAGAAGGAGUAAAAUCAAAAUGCAUCCUUAUUUAGUAACGGAAUAAAAUUUAAAAUUGAAUGUAGUUUUAUGAUUAAUUUUUACGAAAAAUUUUGUAAAGUACCUAUGAGACUAUAUAGGAUAAUGAUUCGAAAAUUUUGUAAUAAUUAUGAUUGAAAUGAACUUUUGUAAAAAAUAUACAUCUAUUGUUAGUAUAAAUUAUGUUAAUUACAAUUGGAUUCUAUGCAUUUAAUA